GCCAUCCUAUCAUGUCUGGUAUUGAAACAGAACAUUUGGUAUAACCAAAGAUAUUUAUGGUGAAACUAUGGACUUCGAAGUUCGAGGGGAUCUUCGAAUGAGUUUCAGUGAUUGUACGAAAAGUCCUGCGCAGCGACGCUCAAGUACUUGGUGGGCCAUGGCACGAGAGUAGGGUAGUUAGCAUUCUACCCUGGACAGCGGCAGAUUAUUGCGCAAGCGCACCCUAUUCAGUGUGCAUCAAUACUGUGUGUGAGUUCAAGAGAGGGAUUCGAGAAAGCCUUUGAUAUGGUUGCAGACAUGGAUGGAGAAAAGCGGAAAAGAAGUAUCUGCUCACGGCAAGAGCCGUUGGCUGCGCUGAAGAUCUUGAAAGAUGUGAACAACAAGCGUGACGAAAACCCUGAUAGAGUGACUCUGAAAAAAGAAAUAGGACUUUUAAGCGCCUGUACCAUAAUAAUAGGGAACAUCAUAGGUUCUGGAAUCUUCAUCUCUCCUAAAGGUGUUCUAGAGCACUCAGGUUCAGUGGGUCUAGCACUGAUCGUGUGGAUACUAGGGGGAUGUAUAGCUGCCCUGGGCUCCCUCUGCUAUGCUGAGCUGGGGGUCACCAUCCCCAAGUCAGGGGGGGACUACUCCUACGUCACAGAAAUAUUUGGAGGCCUUGUUGGGUUCCUUCUACUGUGGAGUGCGGUGCUCAUCAUGUACCCCACUACCCUGGCUGUCAUCGCCCUCACCUUCUCUAACUAUGUCCUACAGCCUGUCUUCCCCGACUGUGUCCCUCCCUACAUGGCCACACGCUUGCUGUCAACAGUCUGUCUAUUGUUCCUGACCUGGGUGAACUGUUCCAGUGUGCGUAUGGCCACCAGGAUCCAGGAUGUUUUCACGGUGGGGAAGCUGGCGGCCCUGGGUCUCAUCAUAGUUGUCGGCUUGGUGCAGAUCUGCAAGGGUAACUACGAGGGACUGACGCCUCAGGUGGCCUUUGAGUUCAGCAUGACGCCCUCGGUUGGGCAGAUCGCUCUGGCUUUCCUCCAGGCCUCAUUCGCCUUCAGUGGAUGGAACUUCCUGAACUAUGUCACAGAGGAAGUGGUUGAACCACGACGGAACCUACCUCGUGCCAUUUACAUCUCUAUCCCAUUGGUGACCUUUGUGUACACGCUCACCAACAUCGCCUACUUCUCCGCCAUGUCACCCGAGGAGCUGCUCUCAUCCAACGCUGUGGCCGUCACAUUUGGAGAGAAGCUCCUGGGGAUGUUCUCUGUCAUUAUGCCCAUCUCUGUAGCCUUGUCUACGUUUGGAGGCAUCAACGGCUACCUCUUCACAUCUUCUAGAUUGUGUUUCUCUGGGGCCAGAGAGGGACAUCUACCCAGCCUGCUGGCCAUGAUCCACUUUAAGAACUGCACCCCCAUCCCUGCUCUCCUCUGCUGCUGUACUGCCACCAUUGUAAUCCUGUGUAUAGGAGAGACACACAACCUGAUCAACUAUGUGUCCUUCAUCAACUACCUCUCCUAUGGAGUCACCAUCGCAGGCCUGCUCUACUACCGAUGGAAGAAGCCCAAACUUUACAGACCAAUUAAGGUAAACCUACUUGUCCCUAUCACCUACCUGAUGUUCUGGGCCCUGUUACUGGGCUUCAGCCUGUACUCUGAGCCUGUAGUGUGUGGUGUUGGGCUGGUCAUCAUGCUCACUGGUGUACCAGUCUACUUCCUGGGGGUGCACUGGAAAGCCAAGCCAAAGUGUAUCUAUGACUUCAUCGAGUCAGCGACCUAUGUGGCACAGAGGCUGUGUUUCGUGGUCUUCCCCCAGUUCGACCCCAUCGAGAUCAGUCCGAUCGAAGAAUGGCCCGACAAAUCUUCCGACACUCUAUCUGGGAAGUCUUAAACUCUUUUUGCCUUCUGAAGUCUUUUUCUUUUUGUAUAUUCCGUCACUGUAUGAGUACAGACACGGUCCGUUCCUUUUAGUGGAGCCCCUUGUCUGGUGUCUGGUCACCUGAGACUCAUAUCCAUUUCUUUACAGCUAAGUGGAAUUGCCUGCGUUUUGAUGCAUGGGCCACUUGCAAAUUUGUAUUAUUUUGUUUUUGUACUAAGUCGUCAAGUACAACAAGCUAAUGCCAACAGUAUCACAUUUUGAAACAGACUUCAUAUGCCCUAAGGAAGUAUUUGAGCCUUUUCUGUAACUUUUCAACAUUGGCAGUAUUUUUGGUUUUAAUUGAUCUAAGAUUGACUGUGUAUCAUUGUGCCUUAUAGGGGAAAUUGUGUACCUUAUUAACAAAAAUGUAUCUUACCUAUUAUUGUAAUUUGGAUUUUGCUUUGCUUUGGGUGUUCCUUAUGAGAAUUUGAAAAGCACUGUGGUCUUCCAUAUUCUGCUUCUUGCCAGUUGUUAAUUUGCCACAUGACAUGAUUUCCUCAGAUUUGUGAACAUAUUCAGAACUAUCUGAACAAAGACCUCAGAGACUUUGACUGGAAUCCUUUGGAAAUUAAUCUCUUUAGCCAACAGCAGCCAACAACAAAGGUGUUCUGAUUAUAUACUGCUGAAUGAUAGAUGGUUGUAGUUGAUAGUUGAGGGUCACUACGUUUUUACAGUACUUAGUUUGUUUAACUCUUGCCAUUACCUUUUACACUACUGAUUAUAUGUCAUAUACUAUAAAUACACACAACUGUAAAGUUCACAGCUGACUUAAUGACCCAAACUCCAAUUUACACCAGCGUUAUAUGGAAGUAAAACUGCUCACACUGCUCACAAAAUGCUUGCUGCACUUUUCUAAUGCUUGUUUCUAAACUAAGAUUCUAAUAUCAAGUUAACUUAUUUUAUUUUUUAUUCUCUACCACACUUAAAACUAAAUGUUGUGCUGGUAACCUGACCAAAAUAUACAAAAGGCCUUUGCUUUUCCAGUGGAGCACUGUACUGCCAUUUCAUUUCUCUUCCCCAAACAGAACUCUUUAACUGCUAUUGUGUUCUUCAAAUGGCCAGGCCCUUGACUGUUACUGUAAAAAGAAACUCAUGAUAUGUUGUAUUUCUUUUGAAAUGAACAUACAUUUUAAGUAGCCUAGAUUGAUAGAUAUAUACUGUAUUGUACUAGAUAGAUGGAUACUGUACUUGAAACCACACAUUACUCAAGGAACAUAUUUCAUUCCAAUAACCAGAUAAUGAUGUAGGAUUAGGAUAUAAAUAUGUAGUUUGUUAGUACAAUAUGAGUCUGAGUUGUCUCUCCAACAGCUGCCAUGAUCAUUAAGCCAGUCAGGUAAAACACAGUGCUUAUGCAAGUUUUAUUACUACUUUAUAUCCAUCUUAGUUCAGAUUUCUAGAGCAUAUGAAGAGAUUUUACACUGUAAAUUAUUUGUAAAGCAUCAGGUGUUUACAAUGGGUUCUCUACUUGGAAUGUUAACUGGAAUGUAUUUUAGUGCACUUUUUUGUAAAUGAGAAAAUAACAAUAAUACCACAAUAAAUCAAAUACCUUUUGGAAAUGAA